AUGACUCUGCGUCCCUCUACUGCUCCUCGGCGUGUCCCUCUACCGUCUCCUCCUGCGUCCUCUUUGCCUGCCGUUCCGGACCCUGAGUCUGACCGGUAUCGCGCUGAGCACCCUACAGUCACGCGUCUCCUCGCUACUGUUGUCACUGACCCUACCUUUGAGUCCUCGGCUGCGUCUGCUCUGGUCGCUGAGUUGGUUGACUUUGCUGCUGCCUGUCGUCUAGACUACGCUGCUAGCCUUGUUGCUGCGUCAGAGUCUGCGUCUGUCUGUCCUCCGUCCGUCGGGGGUGAGUGUGCUCUUGGCACGGACGUCCUUGAGGACAGGCAGGAGGACUUUGACUCUCUUGCGGCUGCUGUACCUCAUCUCGUGGCCUGGUUGCUUGCCCCUGAGGGAGACCCGGAUGCACUAGACAUCCCCACUCCGCGCACUUACGCAGAGGCGAUCUCGGGUCCCUACUCCUCUCAGUGGCAGACAGCCAUGGACGCAGAGAUGGCAUCCUGGAAGUCCACAGGCACCUACGUCGACGAGGUUCCCCCUCCUGGGGCGAACAUCGUCGAUGGCAUGUGGAUUUUCAGGGUGAAGCGGCCGCCAGGUUCUCCGCCUGUCUUCAAGGCUCGUUACGUUGCUAGAGGCUUCAGUCAGCGUCAGGGGGUCGACUUCUUCCAGACCUUCUCCCCCACCCCGAAGAUGACCACUCUUCGGGUUCUGCUGCACGUUGCUGCUCAGCGUGACUACGAGCUUCACUCUCUUGACUUCAGCACAGCGUUCCUGCAGGGCAGCCUGCACGAGGAGAUCUGGCUGCGCCGCCCACCUGGCUUUACUGGGUCGUUUCCCCCUGGUACCCAGUGGAGUCUCCGCCGGCCAGUCUACGGUCUCCGCCAGGCGCCACGUGAGUGGCACGACACACUGAGGACUACUCUUGCGGCUCUUGGGUUCGCGCCGUCUACUGCUGACCCGUCGCUGUUUCUGCGCACAGACACGUCGCUGCCGCCGUUCUACAUUCUCGUGUACGUCGACGACUUGGUCUUUGCUACUGCUGACACUGAGGCACUCGCUCGUGUGAAGUCGGAGCUGCAGAAGAGACACACCUGCACUGACCUGGGUGAACUGCGUAGCUACCUUGGCUUGCAGAUCACCCGGGACAGAGCUCGCCGCACCAUCACCCUGACUCAGUCACACAUGGUGCAGCAGGUCCUUCAGCGCUUCGGCUUCCAGUUCUCCUCACCACAGGCCACACCUCUGGCUACCAGCCACUCGCUCUCAGCUCCACCUUCGGACGAGUCCGUAGAGCCGAGUGGCCCGUACCCAGAGCUUGUAGGCUGCCUCAUGUACCUGAUGACUUGCACGCGACCUGACCUCGCGUACCCUCUUAGCAUCCUUGCUCGUUACGUUGCACCUGGGAGACACAGGCGAGAGCACUGGGAGGCUGCUAAGAGGGUGCUGCGUUACCUGUGCAGUACAUCAGGCAUGGGGCUGGUGCUUGGAGGACGCGACAGAGUUGUCCUCACUGGUCACUCGGACGCCUCUUGGGUGGACGACCUGGCUACGCAGCGGUCGUCACAGGGUUACACCUUCAGCCUUGGCUCAGGUUCUGUCUCGUGGCGGUCCACCCGCUCUUCCUCUGUUCUCAGCUCUAGUUGUGAGGCUGAGAUCUACGCCACAGCCAUGGCUGCACAGGAGUUACGCUGGCUCACCUACCUGCUGACUGACUUGGGAGAGCGGCCUAGUUCUCCUCCAGUUCUGUACGGUGACAACAAGGCGGCUCUUGCCUUGUGUCAGGAGCACAGACUGGAGCACAGGACGAAGCACAUUGCUCUUCGCUACUUUCUUGCUCGAGAGCUUCAGCAGCGCGGUCAGCUUCGGCUUGUGUACGUGGACUCGAAGGCCAACACUGCUGAUAUCUUCACCAAGGCGCUCCCGCCUAGUGAUCAUCAGCGGCACUGUACUUCUUUAGGCCUUGUGUCCACGUUUCCUCACUUGCUCACUGCUUGA